UUAACAUUUGUGCGAUACGAGGACAGUGGCACUAUGUGCGAGGAAUUUCUUUUUUGCAAACCACUGCCCGGGCGAACUACCGGUGUAGAAAUAUUUAAAGCACUGGACGAUUUUUUCACGGAGCACAAUAUCUCGUGGCAGAGGUGCGUUGCAUUAUGCAGCGAUGGGGCCCGAGCCAUGAGUGGCAGCAAGACUGGACUGUUUGCGCAUGUAAGGAGGGUGGCUCCGGGGGUAAUUUGGACACACUGCCUGAUUCAUAGAGAGGCUCUCGCCUCCAAAGAUCUCAGUGUUGAGCUCAGUGGUGUGUUUGAUGUCGUUGUCAAGACGGUCAACUUCAUAAAACGAAACGCAUUGAAUACACGCCUGUUUUCAUCCCUAUGCCAUGACUUGGGAAGUGAACACAGCUCUCUCCUUUAUCAUUCAGAGGUGCGUUGGCUGUCUCGCGGCGCUGUGCUCGCCCGUGUGUUUGAACUACGCGGAGCUAUCUACGAGUUCUUGUGCGAGAAGCAUUCUGAUCUGGCUUCCAAUUUCAACGAUAGUUACUGGUUAACUAAGCUGGCGUACCUCACAGAUGUUUUUGCAGAGCUGAACAAGUUGAACAGCUCCAUGCAAGGGAGAGAUGCAAACGUCAUGCAGCUCUACGAGAAGCUCGACGCAUUUGUGAAAAAAAUGUCAAAGUGGAUCGAACGAGUGGAGAGCAAUAACUUGGCGAUGUUUCCUUCAGUUGAGGAAUACCCUGACAGCACUGACAUCAACGACACUAUAUGUGAGCAUUUGAGGAAGCUUGUGCGUCAAUUCGCAAAGUACUUCACUGAUUCGGAAGAGUGGCGCCGUGACAGCAAGUGGAUCCUGCUCCCAUUCAGUGACGAUGCAUCAGUAGGGUCAAGUCUGACGGCUGUGGAAGAGGAUAAGCUGAUUGAGAUGUCCACAGACUCUGUCAGGAGGCAUAUGUACGACACACAGCCCCUUGUUAAAUUCUGGAUAAGUUGCCAGACAGAAUUUCCACAGCUUGCUGCAAAAGCAAUGAGGUGUCUUUUGCCCUUUCCAACCACAUACCUGUGUGAGAGUGGUUUUUCUACACUGGCGUACUUAAAGAAUAAGUACAGGGCUAGGCUUGAUCCAGAGAAUGACAUGAGACUGUCUCUGUCUACCAUUUCGCCACGAAUAGACAGGCUGUGUGGACUUCACCACACCCAGAUAUCACACUGACAGCAGGUGAUUGGUGAC